AAUCUUUGGGUCGGCGGUUAAAGGAAACGAUUAGACGACUUCCACACACACAAACACACACACACAGACAUAAUAGGUGGAUCCUAUUCCUGAGAGAUUAGAUUCAUUCGACUGACUGGUACAUCGUUUAGCAUACUUGAUUCCUCCUCCUCAUCCCCUCGCACUUGCAGGCUUCAAACCAUACUUGAUUCGUUGUUUAGGAGAGUUAAUUGAUUGAACAAUUCGGUGCAACAGGCGCAGAGCAAAAUGAUGAGGCUACAGACAUACGCUGGGCUUAGUUUCGUAGCCACUCUGGUAGUUAUUUACCAUGCUUUUCACACCAGAGCCCAGUUUUACCCUGCAACUGUUCACUUAUCCACAUCCAAAAUCAGUCUGGUGCUCCUUCUCAACAUGGGUCUUGUUAUUAUGUGUGCCAUGUGGCAAAUAACCAAAAGGAUAUUCCUCGGAUCUCUCCGGGAAGCAGAGGUUGAGAGGCUCAACGAGCAGUCGUGGCGGGAAGUUAUGGAAAUACUUUUCGCCAUCACUAUCUUCCGGCAAGACUUUUCGGUCAUGUUUCUCGCCAUGGUUACUGCUCUUCUGUUGAUUAAGGCUCUUCAUUGGUUGGCUCAGAAGAGAGUUGAGUACAUCGAAACAACCCCUUCCGUCCCCAAGCUGUCUCACAUUCGAAUCGUGUCUUUUAUGGGCUUUCUUUUCCUUUUGGACAGUUUUUUCUUGUACAAUUCUGUCAAGUACUUGGUACAAACUCGACGGGCUUCUGUUUCCCUCUUCUUUGCUUUUGAGUACAUGAUAUUGGCAACGACAACAGUGUCGACAUUUGUGAAAUAUGUUUUCUACGUCAGUGACAUGCUUAUGGAAGGACAAUGGGAAAGAAAGGCAGUCUACACCUUUUACUUGGAACUUAUUCGGGACUUGCUGCAUUUAUCUAUGUAUCUGUGCUUCUUUCUUGUGAUUUUUGUGAACUAUGGUGUGCCUUUACACUUGAUUAGGGAGCUCUAUGAAACGUUUCGCAACUUUAAGGUUCGGGUUGCUGAUUACAUUCGUUAUCGGAAGAUCACUUCAAAUAUGAAUGAUCGUUUUCCAGAUGCAACACCUGAGGAGCUAAAUGCAAGUGAUGCAACAUGCAUCAUUUGUCGUGAGGAGAUGACGACAGCCAAGAGACUCAAUUGUGGGCAUCUGUUUCAUGUGCACUGCCUCCGGUCAUGGUUAGAAAGACAACACACAUGUCCUACUUGCAGAGCCCUUGUUGCACCACCUGAAAAUGGGACUAAUUCUUCUGGACCACAUGCAGAUGCUCAACAACAAGGAACAGGUGCAAUUAGUACACCUUCUCAACCUGCUAUUGGAGAUGGCGUAGCAAAUGACUCUAUAAGCCAACAUCAGGCCAGACUCAAAGCUGCUGCUGCUGCUGCCUCAAUUUAUGAGAGAUCUUUCGUUUAUCCUUCUGCAAAUACAUUAGUGUGGACUCCAGGAUAUGCUGUACUUCCCGAAGCAUAUAGACCUGACACUACCAACACAGACUCUGGUGGAGAAGAAUCCUUGGCAGGACCAUCAGAACAGCAUCCAUUUGCAAUCCCCGGUGGGCCUGCCAACUUAUUUCCUCACUCCGGGUUUUUCCCUUUCUCCACUCCUGGUAUAAAAGUGAACUGUGGAGAGGGAUUUGGCAGCAAUCUAAAUGCACCAGAUUCUCAAGUAGAUGCCCGAGAAAAGGGCAUUCUGAACCAGAUUGAGAUCUUGCAAGGCCAGCUGCGCUAUUUGAAUAAGUCAGCAGCUGAGAAAAGCACAGACGCGAGUGCGACAGCAUCAUCUGACGGUAAAGGAAAGACAGUUGCAACAUCAUCAUCAUCUUCUUCGUCAUGUGUUUCAGAUUGCGGUCCACAAGGGGAGACUAAAGAGACAGAGAAGAGGUAACAGGCCUUCCACAAAGUUGUGUACUUAUUAUGACUUGAGGCUGUUAAUAUAGGAUAAAACAUAGGAUGAGUGAGUUGAGAGCUCAGGAAAUGUUGUACUUGUACUUUUGUUUAGCCUUGUCAUACUUCCAAAAUUUCAAGCUCCAUGUGAGAAUUGUGCCGCUUGGAAAAGAUCAGUCUGCUUAAGCUGUGGAUAUUUAGUGAUUUACACAAUGGAUUUAGUGAUUCACACAUC